AUGGAUAUCGAGGAUAUUAGUGGGAUUGGUGCGGUGAAUCGAAAGAAAAGCGAGUUUUCUGAGAUCAAAAUUAGAACGCGAAAAUUGAAAGACGAAACAGAGCCGGCCAAUGUGGAUUCUUUCGUACCAGGGACCCAACAAAAAGUUUGGGUACGAACCUGGGGAUGUUCACAUAACACCUCAGACAGCGAAUAUAUGAGCGGAUUAUUGCAAAAGGCGGGAUAUAAAAUUGUGAAAGAUGAGAAAGAUGCUGAUUUGUGGGUUCUCAACUCGUGCACUGUUAAAACUCCUUCUGAGCAGCAGGCGAACAAUUUAGUUGUUCAAGGACAAGAAACCAAAAAGAAGAUUGUUAUGGCUGGGUGCGUAUCACAAGCUGCGCCUUCCGAACCAUGGCUUCAAGAUGUUUCGAUUGUUGGCGUCAAACAAAUCGAUCGAAUCGUUGAAGUUGUUGAAGAGACUUUGAAAGGAAAUAAAGUACGCCUUCUCACGCGAAAUCGACCAGAUGCCCCUCUUGAUCUUCCAAAAAUGCGUAAAAAUGAACUCAUUGAAGUUCUUUCGAUCUCAACAGGAUGCUUAAAUAAUUGCACAUAUUGUAAAACGAAAAUGGCAAGAGGCGACCUUGUUAGUUAUCCGCUUAAUCAGUUGGUGGAGCAGGCGCGUAAAUCAUACUUGGACGAAGGUGUUAAAGAAGUGUGGUUAACGUCAGAAGACCUCGGUGCUUGGGGAAGAGACAUCAACCAUGUUCUGCCUGAUCUUCUCGACGAACUCGUCAAAGUGAUACCUGACGGAUGUAUGAUGCGAUUGGGGAUGACGAAUCCGCCAUAUAUUCUUGACCAUUUGGAGGAAAUCGCGCGAAUUCUCAACCAUCCUCGUGUCUAUUCGUUCUUGCAUAUUCCGGUGCAAAGCGCCAGCGACGCUGUUCUCAAUGAUAUGAAGCGCGAAUACUCGAGGAGGCAUUUUGAGAAAAUUGCCGAUUAUAUGAUUGAGAAUGUUCCAAACAUUUACAUCGCGACCGAUAUGAUUUUGGCAUUUCCAACCGAAAACGAGGACGAUUUUGAAGAAAGCAUGGAUCUUGUCAGGAAAUACAAAUUUCCUUCGUUGUUCAUCAAUCAAUAUUAUCCGAGAUCCGGGACGCCUGCAGCUAGAAUGAGAAAGAUUGAUACAGUUGAAGCGCGUCGGCGAACCGCUUUGAUGUCUGAGCUUUUCCGCUCGUACACACGAUAUCCAGAGAGUCGAAUUGGCGAGAUUCAUGACGUAUUGGUCACUGAAAUCGCCGCUGAUAAAGUGAGCGGCGUUGGACACAACAAGAGUUAUGAGCAGAUCUUGGUCCCUUUGGACGAUUGUAAAAUGGGCGAAUGGAUUCGAGUGGAAAUCACCGGUGUCACCAAAUUUACGCAACUCAAUUCUAAAAAUUUGCUAUUAAUAUAUUUAUACAAAAUCACAAUUGCGCGUAAAUUGCCCACAAUUUCGGCGGACACCAGGCAGAGUUCCGGUGCGGAAGAGCCGCGCAUGAUCUCUCGCUGGAAAUCCGGCGACAGCAAGGUGCGCCUGCGCGACUGCGAUGGAUUCCGCAUUCGCGCCGCUGCUGUCGUUGUCAAAGGAACCGGCAAAGAGGCGCUGGUGCUGUUGGUGAGCGGCGGAAAAGACGGCGAUAAAUGGGUGAUUCCGGGCGGUGGCGUCGAGAAAGACGAGUGUGCUGAAGAAGCAGCUCAUCGCGAGUUGCUUGAGGAGGCCGGCGUUCGUGCCAAGACCGUCAAACUGCUCGGAACUUUCCAAGAUGAUGUCCGCAAACACCGCACCAAAGUUUAUUUGAUGACAGUAGCCGAAGAGCUGCAGACCUGGGAAGAGAAUGACUUCGGACGACAGCGGAUUUGGAUGAGUCUUGAUGAGGGCGCUGAGAAGGUUAAACAGUCCCAUCGUCCAAUGAUCGAAGCAAUAUUAUCGAGGUAG